AUGUUUAUUCUGCAAAAGAUUUUACCACACCAGUCAUUACGGCUGUUCGAGUCUAAACGCGUAUAUACAAUUCGUCUUUUUGGAAAAAUUCUUCGUCCAUAUCAAGAAGAAUGUAUCAACUCUUGCAUAGCGGCAUUCCAGGCAGGAAAGAAAAGGGUUGGCAUAUCUUUGGCUACUGGAUCUGGUAAGACCGCUCUUUUCCCACAUCUCGUUCAAAAGACACCUGAAUUAAGAACCAAUGCCAAUCAAUGUUUAAUCCUUGUGCAUCGAAGAGAACUUGCUCAGCAAGCGUAUGCAACUUUCUUGGAAAUUUUUAAUAAACAGGACGUUGAAGUUGAUAUGGGCUCGCAGCAUGCUACUGGCAAUGCCCCUAUUACUGUGGCUUCUCCCAUGUCACUGAAAGGAGAUCGAUUAGAAAAAUAUAAUCCAAAAGAUUUUAAACUAAUUAUUGUUGAUGAAGUGCAUCAUUUGGCAGCUCCUACUUACCUUCGAGUUUUAAGGCAUUUUGGGGCAAACGAAGCAAAUUCACAAGUCUACUUGGUUGGUCUCACAGCGACCUUUUAUCGUGCGGAUGGGAGAUCUCUUAGUGCUGGGGUUGAUGAAAUCGUAUACCAUAGACAUUUUGUUGACAUGAUAGGCGAAAAUUGGCUAGUUCAACAAAGAGUGAUUGGAAUAAAUUGGUCGCCGAAUUUGAAGUUAGCAGAAUCAACGAAUCGCGAUGAUUGCGAAAUGUUUGAGCGUGAAGUUCAAUCAAAAACCGCUAUAUUUGAAAUUCCUCAGGCAUGGAUAAAGCAUGCCAGAAAUCGCAACUCAACGCUUGUUUUUUGUACCACAGUAGAGCACUCGCUAAAAGUUUGUAAUGCUUUUCGAACGUUAGGGAUUGAUGCAAGGGUUUUAUCUGGUCGUACCAAUUCCGAUGAAAGAAGAAGCUUAGUAGAGGAAUUUCGAGAGAAAAAGUUUCCCGUACUUGUAAAUUGUUUGGUAUUGACUGAAGGUGCUGAUAUUCCCAAUAUCGAUUGCCUUAUUAUUGCUCGCCCUACCAAUUCUCCUAAUUUAUUGACGCAGAUGAUUGGAAGAGGUUUACGCAUGUCUCCUGGUAAAAAAGAUUGCUUAGUAUUGGAUUUCUGUGAUUCUUUCAAUCGCGUUCCUCUUCACAUGCAACCCACUCUUUCUGGAAUUUUAGAAUUUGAUUUUCCGUCUACCUCUAACAAAAAAAAGGAUACCGCCCUGCAAGUUGCAGAUCACGAUCCCGGAAAAGUUGGUCUUCAUAGCACUCUCCACUAUAAAAAGGUUCGACAGCUUUCUGAUUUAUUAAAAGACAUGGAAAAAAAUGACAAGAAUAUAUACUCAAUUUCUCCUAACGCAUGGGUGCCUUUAAGGAUGAAUCGCUAUGCUCUGUCAACGACUUCAGGAGCGCUUGUCGUUGACGCUGACAGUGAUUCCGGAAAUUAUAGUGUCAUUGCUUACGAAAAGCAAAAAUUGGGAACCAAUAUUAAUAGCCUUGACUUGGCAAUCCGAGGUGCUGACAGUUAUGCCGAACGCUAUAAGUUACCUUCUGCUUUAAUAUCAAGAAACGCUACUUGGAGAAAAAAACCUGCCUACAAAUCCCAGAGAGAAAUACUUGAAAACAAAAAGAUACCUUUUGACAGAGAUACCUUGACAGCAGGUGCUGCCGCUGAUAUGAUCACUAGGCUAAUUUAUGGGAAGAAGACCACGAAACGUAAGGAUCAACUAAAAAACUAUCUAUCUAAUCCGGGGCAAAUUGGACGAUUGAAGGAGUUUAAGACAUAUGUUCGGAAACAAUAG